AUGCCUGCGCCGUCCCAGACGCGCGCGCUUAUGUUGCGCCAAUUAAAAGAGCUGAAUGCUCUGAGCGACAGCCGUAAGCGGUGGGGUUCGGGAUUCGGAGGGAGCCCGGCUGAGGUGAGCAGCGAGGCGACGUCGCGCAGGUGGACAGGUGGACCUUCUGCGGCUUCGCCGGCGUCGCAGGGGUCGCCUGUGUCGUUCUCGCCCGCUGCGAUGGCGUGCGACUCGGUGGACUUACUGGCCGGGCGGAGCUCGAAGGAGCUGCUGCGAUUGGUGGGGCGCGCCUUCCACACCCCCCCCAGGGACCUGGGCGCGCAAACCCUCGUCCGCGCAUUCAUGCAAGCACUUCUCUGCCCUCCGCUGCUCUUCAUUCGCCUUUCUCCCCUCCCCCCAUUCCCCCCUCCCCCCUUGCACAGGGACCUGGGCGCGCUAACCCUCGUCCGAGCGCUCAUGCAAGCACUGCUCUGCCCACUCGCACCAUGGCUCUCCCUCUACCUGCCCCGCGUCCACGUCAUCGCCACGGGCGCGCUCAUCUGGGGCCUUGCCACGCUAGCAGUGGGCCUCGCCACGUCAUACAGCCAGGUGGCAUGGCUGCGCGGGAUCAACGGCAUCGGCCUCGCCCUGGUCUUCCCCCCGAUCCAGUCACUCGUUGCUGACCUGGCGUCUCCGACCAACCGCGGCAUGGCGUUCGGGUGGUUGCAGUUCAUGACUUACUUCGGGGAUAUUCUGGGGGAGCUGGCUCAUCAACCCUCCCCAUCCUCCCAUCUGUCCUCCAAACAGGCCCACUCCUCCGCUCCACCUCCCUCGUCUCCCCUCUCAUCUCCCCACUCGUCUCUCCCACUCACCUCACCCCACCCUCCUCCUCCCUCCUCCCCUUCCUUCCUCUCAAACCUCCUACACGUGCUCCGCACGCCCUCGUUCCUCAUCAUAGUCAGUCAAGGCAUAGUAGGCUCCUUUGCUUGGGCCUCUCUAACCUUCCUUCCCAUGUGGCUCGAGCUAGUGGGGUUCUCCCACCCCUCCACCGCACUCCUCCUCUCGUCUUUCACUGCUAGUUGCAGUUUUGGGGGGCUUUUCGCGGGCUGGUUCGGCGAUUGGAUGAACGCCACGUGGCGCGAUUCUGGCCGUGUGAUCUGCGCUCAGAUCAGCGCCGGAUCGGCGGUGGUGAUGUCGACGGUGCUGCUGAGGGUGGUUCCGCAGGACGCCCGUCCCAUAUUCGCGGCCAUAGUGCUGGCGCGCCUGCGAACAGACAUCUACGCUCUCGACCGCGCCCCCAUAUUCGCGGCCAUAGUGCCGGCGCGCCUGCGAACAGACAUCUACGCACUGGACCGUGCAUGUGAGAUGUCUGUGGCAGCCUUCGCCCCGCCCACUGUCGGCUUCCUCGCCCAGGCCUGCUUCGGCUUCCACCCCUCCUCCCCGUCCCCCACCCCACCUGCCGCCGCUCCUGCCCCUUCCCCUCCUGCUUCCCCUGCCACUCCUCCUCUUGCUCCGCCCGCUCCAUCUGCGGCUGAUCCGGGGAACGCCAGGGCGCUCUCUCUAGGGCUGUUCUGGACCAUGGCUCUGCCCUUUGCUCUCUGCUGUGUCCUCUACGGGGGGCUCUACUGGACGUACCCUCACGACCGGGACAAGGCCCGGGCCGAGGCUGCGGAGGAGGCUCGGAAAGGGGAGCAGCAACAGUAUGAGAGGGUCAGGGUAGUGUCUUGA